AAACGCUACCGGAGUUGAUCCAGCCAAUGGAUGUGCGCAUCGCGUCUGUCCGUGACUUCAUCCACGAUAUCAAACCACGCAUCUUACAAUCAGACUCCAUCGUGCCCAUCACGGAUCCUUACGGCCCCAGCGUGGUGGAUCCAGACAUGAGGUGCAUUGUGGUCAGUGAGGAGACCAAGAAAGGUGGAGAUGCUGUCGAUAGGGUCAGACAGCAAAAGGGUCUGUGUGUACUACAUGUAGACGUACAUGAGAUAUCUCUAGUAGAGGACAUCAAUCAUGCUGCACAUGAAGAAGCUAAGAUAAGUUCCUCAACACAAAGGAUUGGACUCCUGGGAACACUGCUCAAGCAACCCACGGUGAGUAAUGCAGUGUUGCAUUCAUGUUGCAUUCAGGGUCUGUGUGUACUAGACGUACAUGAGAUAUCUCUAGUAGAGGACAUCAAUCAUGCUGCACAUGAAGAAGCCAAGAUAAGUUCCUCAACACAAAGGAUUGGACUCCUGGGAACACUGCUCAAGCAACCCAUGGGUCUGUGUGUACUAGACGUACAUGAGAUAUCUCUAGUAGAGGACAUCAAUCAUGCUGCACAUGAAGAAGCCAAGAUAAGUUCCUCAACACAAAGGAUUGGACUCCUGGGAACACUGCUCAAGCAACCCACGCAUGUGACGUACCUGGAGGUCCUGUUGGAGGUCAAACAAAGGUCACCCUUCGAAACGAACACUUGCAAUUCAUCGCUACAUGUGCAGGUUUGAGCUGUGCUUUCCAGUGAACCAAAAUGCUCCCCAGCUGCAAAACAGGGCUUCUCAUCUUAACCUCACCGAUAAACCAACUCAUCAAACCAAUCAGAC